AUGGCGGCAUCUGAGGAGGAGGGGGUUCCUUUGGCCGAGCUGUUCGAGCGAUGGGUGAUGCUGCGCAGUGCCGCCAAGGAGGCCGUGGCGCCCCUGACCCCGGAGGUGCAGUUCGAGGGGCCUUCGGUGCCUGAGGUCAUGGAGUCGCUGGCACCCGACAAGCGGUCGCGCUAUGUGCUCCAAGACCUCGACCCGCAGGCCCUCAAGAACCUAGCGGGCUCGGCUCGCCGGGCUGUGCUGACCUGGACCACAGGUGAGCGGGCGGAGUUCCUUGCCUUGGCCCAGAACCUGGCCUCGUCCAUUCAGCUGAAGGUGCCCGAACUCUUUGCGCAUUUCUGCGUUGUGGCACUUGACGAUGCCGCGAAUGAGGAGCUGACACGCCGAGGAGUUUGCACACUCCGGUAUGUGCGUGACUUGACCCCCAUGGACAAAGCUGCGGAGCGCUGGGAUUUCAAGCUGCGGCUGUUGAUGACAGGGCUCCACGCCGGCUUGGAGCUGCUCGUGCUGGAUGCAGACAGCGUUUUGCUCUCCGAUCCGUUUCGGGCCGUGUGGAGAGAUUCUGAUUUGGAAACAGGCACAGACCACUUCUUCCCUGAACGAGACCUCUGGCAACCCGAGAUGCGACCGGAAGAGAAUCUGAACACCGGGUUUCUGUAUGCCGACGGGAAGCAAAACGCAGCCCCCUUGUUCUGCUUUCUGGCCUUGUUCCUGGAGCUUUUCGAGGCAACGGAUCUCAUGGCCUUGCCUCGCGACUUCUUCGACCAGCGCGCUUUCAACAAGUUCGUACUCAUGCACCUUGCUAUGGAUCCUCCUGCUGUGAUGGUGCGCUCCAGCAACAAGACGAAGAUGCUUCCUCCUGGUUGGCCUCCUCAGCGCCUGGCCAUUGUUGAGAUGCUGCGGCAGGGCAAGCAGGUGGGCGGUCGGUGCUCAGAGGUUGCCAAGAAGAAGCUGGCCAUCAGGAUUCUGGACCCAGAGGUCAUCUGCCAUGGAAUGAACUACUUCUGGCGUGGGGUGCACCUUACCCGGGAUAACCCCGGUCCGGCCUUCGUGCACGCCAACGGCGUGGAUGAGAAGAUCUACUUCAUGCGGGACCGAGGUGUUUGGUUUGUGGACGACUGGCCCGAGCGAUUCCCAGAUCCCGGUUCUGAAAGGUUCCUGCAGUACACGCACCCUCGCGGGCAAGACCUCAAGGGUGACUUCAACAUCCUCUUGGCAGCGUUGCAGCUGGCCAGGCUGCUGAGGCGGGUUCUGGUGCUUCCACGAACCAUGAACUGCGCCAACUCGCCGGCCUUCCAUGCGCAGAUGCUGCACUGGGAAGACUGCACCGUGGACCAAUUCGCCUCGGCCAAGAUCCUGUUCCGGUACUUCAACGGGAGUUUGGCUGAGUCCUCGCUGGCAUCGCACCCUCGCUUCAAGGGUCUCGCUGCCGGGAGCUGGAGGGCACGCAGCCCCGAAGGGGCCGAUGUGCCCAGGGAUGUGCCCGUUCUGAUCGUGGAGUCGGACGUGCGGCAGGCUCUGGAGCUGCUUGCUGGAGGCCGGCCGCCGCAGUUGCCUUGUAAGUUCGCCUACUGGCCCGGUCGCCAGAUGGCCUGCAGAGACGAGUCGUUUUUGCACAAGGUGGGUGCGGCAGCGGCCUGCCAGCCAGGGCCCUCACAGGAGGCUUGCGGCGUCAAGGGCUUCGCAUGCUGCGAGGUCUUCCAUGGAUGGGCGGACAAGCUGGAGAUUUUCACGGGCCACGCCUGGGCUUUGCCCUGCAACUGCGGCCUGGAUGAGCCUUGCGCGGCCUUCGAGCGGACGGAGGGCUACGCACAGCUCACAGCAAGCCAUCGCUGCUGCCAUGCUCGGUUCGAAGAUCCGCCGAUGCUGCACUGCAUUGACGUGGGCAGUUUCCCAGCGUCAAACCCCAUGAUGGACUUCAACAGUUACAGCUCAGAUGUCAUGUGGGCCUUGGCCUACGGCCUACUCUCGCCACCGGAUGUGUUCCAGGCGUGCCAGCGGUGGACAGAGGCAGCUUCCGUUUCCAUGGGGCUCUCCACCCAGCCGCAGGACGUGGCUCGCGACUGCACCUGGAUGGUCAGCACCUUCCUCCUGGCCUACGAGUUUCACGAGCCGCUCGUGCCGUGGUUGGAGUACAUGCUGGAGGUCCGGCGCCCCCUGUGGACUCCCCAGAGCACAGUUUCAAUGGCCACUGGCACCGGCGAUGGCAGCUCCUUCAGCCUUUGGAAGCUCCAGCACGACAUGCAGCAGCUUGAGUUUCUAACACGGAGCAAGCUUAGCAGCCUGAAGAUCGGACUCCCAGAGCUGCAGUCCUUGUACUCCUUGUACUCCGAGCUGCAUCUUGCAGUGGUCCAGCAGAAGCCCGAGGAGCAGGUCUUCCUCCAUUUCCAGAAGCUAAGUGGCAUCUUCAACAGGGCCCUGCACGUGCACUCUCCCACUCUAGUUGGAGGUGCGUUGUUGACACCGGCUGCCUCAAGGCUUCGGUCUUGGAGACCCGAGGCGGCUCUGAUGGUGGAUGAGGCGAUCGACGAAAGCACGCGGCACCAGAUCUACUGGUCGCUGCUCUCCUCCACAAUCUGGUAUGGGGCUCGGGAGGGCCGCGAGGCGGUCCUCCUGUCAGCGACCUUGUUGGAGGGACUUCAUCACCAUACUCUGCUUUCUCUGUCGCGGGAGGUGCGGAGCUCAUUGCCGCCGGGGGUGCGAGGCUACCCGCUGAGGGACGUCGUCGCCCGGAAGUACCAUGCCUCGCGGCCCAAUCCUGGCACCGAGCUUCACUCCUGGGAUGGCGAAGUCGUAGCCUGCCUUUGGCUGCACCCCUCCUCCCCAUCCACCGGCGGCGAGCUACGAAUCCUGCACAACGAAGCUCCGCCGCACUGGUCUGAGGAGGAAGCCUUCGACUGGGCACAUGGCAACCCCCGCCCGAGUCUGGAGAAGGCCGUUUCCGUGGACCUUGACGUGCGGCCUCAACCCAGGCGGUUGGCGAUCUGGUCAGGAAGGCGCCUGGUCCAGACUCUCCCUAGCACCAGCGACUGGCCGCCGGUUCGCUACGAAGAAAGCUGGAUUGAGGUCUACUUCUUGUUUGGUUCUCAGCGGCGGUGGGCCUCAAAGAUAGACCCCAGGAAGGCUUGCUCGCGCCGCCUGGCGAGGCAGCUUGUGGCCGUUGUGCUCAUGCUUGCGCAUCACCCACUGCCCAAAAACACGGGGGUGCCCUGGCCAGGACCUGAGAGCCCUUUACAGGUGGUCAUAGGGCUGCGGGAUUUCGGGACUCCCACCAGCACCACCUCCAUGCCGUAG